AUGGAAUGCCAUACUCUUCCUUUUAAAGAUGAAUGUGAAAAAUGUUUUGUUGCCAUGUCCAGUAAAGAUGUUGAAAGGAUUGAAAUAUUUAGCUCUAUAUUGACAAAGCAUGAAAUUACUGAAAAGAAAAUACUUAAUGGAGAUUCCUUCUCAUCAGAAGAUGCUGCUAUUGUAUCAGAAAAAUUGACUGAGCUUUCACCUGAAGGAGCCAAAGCUGUUUAUAGUGAAUUAAUAGGAACCAGCUCAGAUAAAGACUGGAGAGACUGGAGAGUCUUCCUGCAAAUGAUAUUUACCUGGGAAGAAGAGAAUAAAGAUAAGAGACAAUUUUUAUUAAAGCUUCGGUCAAUAACUUUUGCUGAUGAAUCAGAUGCUGAUAAAAUACAACAAAUUGUUAAUAGUCAUAUCAAAGGAUAUUAUCAGGAUUCAUCACCUUCAGAACCAAUUAAAAAUGCUUUAUAUUUAGCUAAUCGACAACUACAAGCUAAAGAGCAGCUUAUACAAAAGAUGAUGGCAAAUAUUGGUUAG